GAUGGAUACAUCGAGCCCUCAACGUCGCGUGAGGAAGUCCGCCAAGAGCCCUAUCCGUUACCCAAAGAUUUUGAGUGGUCCACUUUGGACAUCAACGAUCCAAAACAGAACAAAGAAGUUUACGAUUUGCUAUCCCUCAAUUAUGUAGAGGACGACUUUGCAGCAUUUAGAUUCCAGUACAGCGCCGAUUUCCUCGCAUGGGCCCUAAAGCCUCCAGGUUACUACAAGGAAUGGCAUAUCGGUGUGCGCGUAUCUUCGAACAAGAAGUUGGUGGCAUUUAUCUCAGGUGUCCCGAUGACGUUACGGGUACGCGGGAGAAUUAUCCUUGUCAGCGAGAUCAAUUAUCUUUGCGUCCAUAAAAAGCUACGGUCCAAACGUCUGGCUCCUGUUUUAAUAAAGGAGGUAACGCGACAAUGCCAUCUCAAGGGUAUAUUCCAGGCCAUCUACACUGCUGGCGUCGUCUUGCCAACACCUGUUUCUGUAUGUCGGUACUACCAUCGAUCCCUGAACAUCCCAAAACUGGUUGAAACUCGAUUCUGCCAUGUUCCAAGAAACAUGACACUUGCUCGGAUGAUCCGCGUCAAUAAGCUCCCUUCCUCGACAUCUCUUGUUGGUUUGAGGGAGAUGGAGGAAAGAGAUGUUCACCAGGUUGCAGAACUGUUCGCCCGGUAUAUGAAGCGGUUUGACAUGGUGCCCCUCUUCAGUGUAGACGAAGCAAGGCAUCAAUUUAUGAGUGGAAUGGGGCGAGGUGAGGUGGGUGACGGUGGUAUUGGGAGAAGAGAGGGUCAAGUAACAUGGACAUAUGUUGUUGAAAAUCCAGAGGCACACAAAAUCACGGAUUUCUUCUCUUUCUACUCUCUCCCUUCGACAAUCAUCAAUAACACCAAGCAUCCUCUUCUUGAAGCUGCAUACCUCUUCUACUAUGCGACAGACGCCACCUCGGAGUUGGGAGAGGCAGGAGAUGCUAUUAUAAAAAAGCGCCUCCUUGCCGUCAUUGGUGAUGCACUCGUCGUGGCGAAUGAAGCAAAGUUCGAUGUAUUCAAUGCUUUGACAUUGAUGGACAAUGUCCCAAUUUUGCAGGACUUGAAGUUCGGGGUUGGUGAUGGAUUUUUGAAUUUCUAUCUAUAUAACUGGAGGACUGCCCCGCUGGCGGGUAUGAAGGCUGAAGGAGACGUUGCGCCAGGAAAGGGUAUCGGGGUUGUCAUGCUUUAA